AGGGGAUGUGCCGUGGACAAGGUUCAGCCCUGGGGGUUACAGGAAGUUGUAGCUGCCAUGUUUAGCUGCUUUGUUGUAGAGCCCCUGUAGGUUUCCUGCAGAUGUUAGCAUACGUGUUGCAAUGGAACCAAGCUGGAGUACGUUUUUAUUCCAACAGGCCAGUGAGGCUCUGCAUCACCAGCACCAAGUAACCGGGAACGGCCUCUUGCCAUUGCUCAGUUCUGGGACUGAACCGCCUGAUCAGAAACCAGUGCUGCCCAUUUCCCUGGACCAGAAACCCCCAGUCAGCGCUGCAGAGCUUCUUAAAGACAAUGUGGCUAGUGGGACUGGUGGUGGUGGGGGACCUCCAGUUGCUGUCAAGAAGGAGCCAAAGUCAAAGACACCCUUUAUUUGUGGCUACUGCAAUAAAGCCUUCCGAGACAGCUACCACCUCCGGCGGCACGAGUCCUGCCACACUGGGAUUAAAAUGGUGUCAAGGCCUAAGAAGACACAGUCGUCCCCUACCAUGGUGCCGCUCAUAUCCACUGUACCACGUGAGAAUAGUGGAAACCCUUCAUACAUUACUACUGUAGCUGGUAUCCUGACUACAGCCACCACGUCGACGUCCACCAGCAUUAUGACCCCAAUGCAGCACCAACACCAACACCAGCAGCACAGCAUCCCCAAAAAAAACCCCAAGCCAGUGAAGAAGAACCAUGGGUGCGACAUGUGUGGGAAGGCUUUUAGAGACGUGUACCACCUCAACCGCCACAAGCUGUCGCACUCCGACGAGAAGCCCUUUGAGUGUCCCAUCUGCCAUCAGAGGUUUAAGAGAAAGGAUCGCAUGACAUACCACGUCCGCUCCCACGACGGGGGAGUUCACAAGCCUUACAUCUGCUCUGUCUGUGGGAAGGGCUUCUCCAGACCGGAUCACCUAAGCUGUCAUGUCAAGCAUGUCCAUUCCUCAGAGAGGCCAUUUAAGUGCCAAGUAACGGCUUGUACCUCUGCCUUCGCUACCAAAGACCGUCUGCGAUCCCACAUGAUCAGGCACGAAGGGAAAGUGACCUGCAACAUCUGUGGCAAGAUGCUAAGCGCCGCUUACAUCACAAGUCACCUCAAGACGCAUGGCCAGGCCAGCUUCAGCAACCCAUGUAACAAUAAAGGCAUAAGUGACUGGCAGUGGAACCACUCAGGGCCACGAAAAGGUGAGUUGACGGUAGGAGAGAUUUUAAAUAACUCCUUCCAGGUCCUAAUUGACAACUCUCACAAAGAUGCCAACAGUGUGCACAACAACUCGACUGCGACAACGCCGGUCUCCAACACGGCAGCAAUAACCUCGGCCUUGAACCGCAGCGGCAUCAGCAGCAAUCCCGUCACCAUUGCUGCUCAGAUGAACAUCGGCACCAGUACUGUCAACAUCACGUCACAGGUCAACCUUCAGCACCCGGUCACUAUCACAGGCCCGGUGAACCUGGUCAAUAUCCCGACGACUGCACACAUGAAUAUCGCCCACCCGGUGGCCAUCACUUCUCCCAUGUCCAUGAAUAUCACCGGGCCACUCAACAUCGCCAUGAGGUCCAUGGAUAGCAUGUCUUUUCUAUCCCAAGUUCUGCCUUCCUCCCCUCCUUGGUAGAGCUUCUAUUAGUCCAUGUAGGAGCCGAUAGUGUUUUAACUGCCUAAUAAUAGAGCCGCUGAGGUCUUAUAACUGCCAUUUGACAGUACGUUAUUUGUAUGUUAUAAUUGAAAUGCUAAUAACUAAAGUAAUCUAGUAAUCCAUAGAUGGUAACCUAUGAUUGUUAUUUGCAGGAGUGAUUACUGCAAUUGUACAUUUUUAUUUUUGUUUGUAUUUAUAGGAGAAAAAAAAAUAUUUCAAAUAUUCGUAAUGAAUGAAACAUAAUAGUUUUGAGUGCUUAGUCACUCAUCGGCAAGUAGUAGCCAACCUGUCCAUCAUAGGAUGAGUUUUAAUCUACUUUUAGAUAUUUUGUUAUAGCAUAUUUUUAGAAAGGUUUUAUUGAUACCACAUGGGACCUCAGUUCUUAGCUAACCCUGCAAAUGUAUUACUAGGCAAAUCAAGGUACUUCAUCACAUUGAUGCAGAAAUUCUGUGAAUUAAAUUUGACUAUAAAGCAGUCCUGCUCAUAACCAUAUUCGACAUUGCCCACACUUGCCUAAUAUACCAAAAUGGAGAGAUCCCUCAAUGGAGAGAUCCCUCAGUAUAAACAGUGAAGCAAUCUUUCUGACCAGUAUCUAGUUAUUUUUUGGGCCGGUCACUUGACCGUACUUCCUCACUGCCGUAGUUUUUUUGCGUUGGUCAAGUCCUUCUCAUUCCUAUUGGUUGGUUUUCUGAGGACCAUGUCCCUUUCAAGUAUAAGCAGUUAACUGGUUGGACACAUUUCAGUGUUUAUCAGGUCAAUGCAUGAUCCAAGCGUGGAACUCCAGUCAUCAGGAGAACAAUGGUCUCAACCAACUGAGAAACAAUAUAGUUGAAAGCACAGAAAUAUAGCCAGCAAAUGGCCCUGUGGUCCAGAUUACUUAUUUAAUGUGGAGAAUUAUCCCGCUCAGAUUAACGUAAUUUUGUGCAGAUAUUCAGUGUACAUAAUAAUUUAUGCCAAAGAUUUUCUAAAUAUUGUGUUUUCCCCUGCUAUAUUUUAACACAUAAGGGGUAAACCUUUUAAUGGCAUUUAGACCAUCAUGACACUUCAAUUCUCUUUUCUGAAACCCUGAGUAAAGAUUCUGUUCAAUGACCAUUUUUUAUCAGAAUCUAAAAACAAUACCCAUAACAUUAUAGCAAUAAUAAUUUUCCUAUUUGUAUUAUGUGAAAUGUAUACAAUGUCAAAUUGUUGUCAUUACUAGUGGUAAACAAAAGAGUACUCCCUUCCAUUUGAGUGUAAAAUUAUUAGGCAGUUAACACAACACCAGCUGCUGCAUUGUCUGUUUUUUAUUUAUUCCUUGCCCCCGCCCUUUCUUGAGGGAUAGUUGAGUUGAGCUCUACUCCAGAAUUCUCUCUCUUUAGCUGCUGAAAGACUGAGUUGGCCUUUUUGAAGAUUUCUUAUAUUGGACAUCUGACUAGGUAAUAUGUGAGACCUCACUAGAGCUUUAGGCAUUGUUAAAACCGCUCCUUGAAUUGAAUUGUAUUGUCAGUUAUUUUUAGAUGCUUCCUGUUUUUUUGUUCUGUCAUUUUAGUGGACUUAUCAGUGUUUAAUAGUUUAUGUAUUUUAAAGUUUAAUGGCAAAACACCAAGCUGCCAUCAGGAGGGAGUGAGUUUAUCAUGUGCUUUAUCCGCUCCCAACGUUUAUGUUAUAAAAUUGCUGAAUACCAGUCAGUCAACACUGCUGGAUGCUCUACACAAGGUUGUUUGUUUUAUAUAUAUCUCAUGACAGUUGAAGAUACAGCUAAAAGGAAAUGUCUAUUACUGAAGUCUGUCCCUUGCCAUUUGCUGUUAAAAUUGCAGUAUUAUCAAAGGUCAAAUAAUCGGAAAUUUAGAUAACUGAGCACGUUCUAAAUGUAGAGGUCAAGAGAACUACCCGGUGGCUAGAAUCUACUAAAUGAGUCUCCAAGUGAACCUGUUGUAUUGUUUAUUUUUGACCAGUAUAGGAACCCCAUCAACUGUCAGGCCUACUCAAGAAGUUUACUGAGCUUAGUCUUAUAACGCAUGUUCAUUUAUUCACACACUGCAAAUAUCAAAACACUAUUUUACUUCCUUUUACCUGUGGGAGAGGGAACAUCUUUACCAUGGGCUAACAAUAUCAUAACUAUAUCACCACUAAUGUGGCUGUCCAUCCAUCGAGAGAGGACAAAUAAGUCUUGUUUAAAGUGUUGCUUUAAGUCAUUCACAAAACUCAUAGAUGGUGAUGAUCCUAACAACAAAUAUUCAAGUAGCUACAGCAUGACGCACCAUAGCACUGUUAUCCAAAAACACACAAUGGGUUCUGUUGCUGAACUUUUUCACUGACAUGAACUGAGUGUUUUUUGUAGUGUCACCGGGGCAGAGAAUUCUGAGCGCUGUCGAUCCUUAGAGUCCUUGUGAUGUCACCAAGCAGAGCACCAUGGCUCUUGCUUGUAUUGUUAUUAGCUUUUGGAUAUGUUUCCUACAGUUUAGUUGGAAAUAUGCGAUGACAAGCCGAGGUUCCCUGUAGGGUGUAAACACUACAGAAGAGCGGUACUUAGAGGGUCAUUUUGAUUUAAUGGGAGGGGUCAAUGAUUGGUGCGUGUUUUAACACUCCAUUUAGCUAACCCAGAUGUUUGGCCCCAUAGUUUCACUGUACACAUGCCAACACUGUCCACCUAGGGAAAUGUUUGCAUGUAGUAGCAUUAUGACCUUGGAAUUUGAUACGUUUCUCAUCCUCAUUUUUUUUUUUCAAUGUUACAUGUGGAUGAAUAAGUGUAGGUUUGAGUUCAAAAACCAUUAUUAGAAGGCUAGUGACAUUUUUUAUGAAUACGAAACACUAAAGAAAUAUAGGAUGAAAGGAAGUGUGUGAUGUCAUUUGUCCUUCUCUGGUUGCCGUAAACAACUGCCUGAAAUAUUUUUGCAAGCCUUUUCCACAUGUUGACACUUCCUCCGCUAGAUGUGCCGAUGGGAGAGUUUGUAAGGAAAGCCUUCAAUAGUACUUCAGGAACAACCAUUUACCUGAAUUUAGGUUUUUCAUUUCGGUCAGGGUUGUAUAGACAUUUAACCUUUUGGUUUCAUUUAUUUUUUAUAUUUGACUGCAAGCCAAUGUGAAAAACAUUAUUUGGCCAAAUAAUGAUUUGGAAGAUUAUUUUUGUUUUAUAUGAAGUUUGCAUGAUGAAAUUGGCAGAUGUGAAGGCGAAUGAAUGUAUAUCUUUGUACAAACUAUGUAGUUCUGAGAACAAGUUAGUUAGGACACAAGAAAAAAAUAAUCUUUUUAUAAAUCUUUUUGUAUUAGAACAUUAACAAUGGUAAUUUUUGUAUAUAAGAAGGCUAGGCUUUCUGAUUAGCAGAAAGGUAAAACAUUCCUAAAAAUGUUUUUUUUUUUUUUAAUGUAUGUCCAUUGAGAAUAACUGUAAAGAUAUGCGCAAUGUUUUAUGUGCCUUUUUGGGGGGUUUGUCUAAAUUAAAGAAUACGAUAAAGCUUGAUUUUUGGCCGUUCAUGCCGAGUCAAAGAGGAAAGGCGAUCAUCCAUCAUCUGAAUCUCUGGACUCACUCCCCAGCCCUCAAGAGACUCCCUUCUAUCAGGAGAGAUGUGCUCCUUUCUGCUUUCAAUAGCUUUUUUCUGGCUAUAGUUGCUGUGUUCUGAGAGGCUGAGAUUGUGGCUGAAGUCUUUAUUGAUGAUUCUCAUCUUCAGAUUCUUCGGUGUCUUCACUUGCUCACAGCGCCUGCUAAUGAUUAAAGUGCCUCUGUGACUUUGUUUAUUGGAGUAAAUUGUGGGGGAUUUUGUGCCAAACCUCUACGUGACGCCGAAAACAUUUUAGUGUUUUUCCCGAUUCUUUAACUAUUAAACUUGGAAAAUGUGA